AGCUUCUCCAAAAUUAUCUACAUACCUUUACACCAAAACAAUGAAUUAUCAUAAAUUCAAAGAAAAUCGAAGUCAUGUUCCGAUUAUGGAGAUGCCAAUCAAUUGGACCAAUUUUUUAGAUGGAGUAGAUGAUGCAGAAUUUGAAUCUUUUAUUGGAUUAGUUGAUCAUUUCACUGGUCGUAAUAUGAUCCCACGUCCGAAACAAAUCCUACAAUUGAUUGCCAUCAUCAUCGAUCCUGUUCGAUGUUUACCUACCCCACCACGUUCUUCAAAUCAUCAAAUCGAUCCACUUACAGUAACACCGAUUGCUUUAAAUGCUUUUGCUUAUCUUGCUUCACUUAUAAGAGUGGCUGGAUCAGAUUCGAUUCUAAGAUGUCUUCCAGGUUAUGAUUUAGAUUCAGAAGUCAUAAUAGAUAUUGAAAACGAUACAAGGAUUCCUAAUCCUAGACAUACUACAACAGAAGAGAUUUCAUUCACAGGUGAAACUGAGUCACCUUUACUUUUAAUCGUGGUUCAAAUCCUCAAGGAAAGAAAUCUUUGGAGUUUAUUAUUUAAUAUUGAAUCUUUAUCUGAAAGUUCUUUAAAAACUAUAGAUAAUCUAAAGCUUGAUGUUAAGAUUUCUUCUGGUGCUUGGGAUUUAUUAGGUUUAUUAACUUUAGCUUGGGAACUUGAUUAUAAACUUGAUUAUAAACUGGAUCAAAAACUUGAUAUUUCAGAUAUAAAACCACUUGAACUAAAUAACAGUGAUCACUAUAAUAUGCUAUCAUACUCUCCUCAUCUUUUACGUCAAUUUACUAAAGGACCUGGUGGCAGCCGAACCAUCGAUAGUCAGUUACUCAAAAUCAUCUUUUAUCCCUUUUCACCUUCUGGCGCUUCUGGAAGUUGUGUUUGGGGAAAUGUUGUCAACAACCUGGAAGAGGCCAGGAAGGUGUCAAUUCGGCUAUUAGGACUGCUUCAAGAUCUUGAUGCUGCUGGUAAACUAGAUCAGGGAAGCUUAAUUCAAGAAAUGAGCAGUCAUAUGAUGACCAUCUCCGAUUCACCUACACUUCAAACUUUCAUCAACCGUUUACCGGCACAUCACCCGAAAUUCAAUGCUAAUCUAACAUUAGCAUUCUUUUUAUCAAUCACCCGAUCAAAACCUAUUUCCAAGACCGGUCUCACACGUACCGAUUCACAAAGUAGUCUUUCAUCUCGAGGUGGUGCUUCAUCCGGAGGUUUUUCAAGUUCAUCAAGUUUAAGACGUAACACAUCUCAAGCUCGACUUACCUUUGCAACCGAGAGUUCACAGACUUCAAAGUUAUUUGAUUUUCCUUCAUUAGACUAUCUUGCUUCUCAAGUAUUUGGUAGAAUGCCAAUGGAAAUGGUAGCCAUGGAAAAAUCAAAUGUGAAAUAUAAUGGAAUCUCAAAAAAGAAGUUUGCAGAAGUUGAAAUAAGAUACAGAACGGUUUUACUAUCACUUUUGUCUUACGUCAGAUCUGUGUUCUCAAUAUCAUCAUCAUCAAAUUCAAAGGACGAUCAAGUUGAUGAAGAAAAUGAAUGGAAGAAAUCAAUUAAAGAUGGAAAAGUUUGGAAAGCCUUGAUGGAAGCUCAUGUGACGAUCUUAACACUUGAAGGGUCUUGUUUAGGUGGAAAUCGAGAAGAUUGGAAUGAAGAUGUGAGAAAAGAAUUAAAUUUAUGUAGGAAAAGGUUUGAGAGGUGUUUAGAAACGCUUAAUUUAAAUGCUUAAUUUCACUGAAUGGAACAUCUUAUGCUGUAUAUUAAUUUUGUAACUCUUUGUUUUCAUUUGUAUGUGUCCUUUGUUUUGUUUAGUCAUGAAGGUUUUGAAUAACAUGUUGUGAUGAAGUGAAAAAUGAGCAAAGUGAUGACUCACUUAAACUCUAAGCCUGACCAGGUGCUUAAUAUCAA